UGUCUUCACUUUGUUGUGGAUUCCAGCUUCUCACUUGACUAUUGAAAAUAUGGAUUUCAAUGCGAUUUCUUUUGGAGCCACCAUUUUACCAAACAUCGGCGGUAUGGCAGGUGGCUACUUUGUUCGUGAGAGUGUAAAAACAUGGUAUCCGACUUUGAAACUUCCAUCAUGGCGCCCACCAAACUACUACUUUGGCCCAGUCUGGACCACUUUGUACUCUAGUAUGGGUUAUGCCUCCUAUAUUGUCUACAGAGAUGGUGGUGGCUUCAGUGGUCCAGCCAAAUUGCCCUUAGCUGUCUACGGCACCCAAUUAGCAUUAAACUGGGCUUGGACUCCUAUCUUCUUUGGUGCCCACAAUCUUAAAUUGGCUUUAAUUGACAUCGCUGCUCUAUGGAUUUCUGCCGCUGCUACCUCUUAUCUCUUUUCCCGAGUGAAUAAAACAGCUGGUUUACUCCUGCUGCCGUAUCUAGCUUGGCUUACACUAGCAUCAGCCUUGACGUACACAAUUUAUCGGGACAACAAACCAGAGAUCAAAGCCGCUGAUGCAAAGGCAGAUUAAACUCAGGAACUUUAGAGCAAAGCCUUUUAUUUCCUCACAGUAUCUAUUAGACAAGUAUUCAUGGCAGAGUGGGUAGAUUUUUACCCAUGCGUAAUAAGCAAAUUUUGGCGAUUGGAUGUAAUUAUUGGUAAGAAUCGGUAAUAUUUGAGUUUCGUCAAAGCUGCAACAACCAUUCAAUGUCGAACAUGAAUUCAUCAGGGUGUUUACUGGUCUCAAAAGUCAACUAUUUUAAUGAUGAGUCCUAGAAGUAGCUUGAAGUCCUGAAGAAAAUUCUUAAAAAAUUUCGCAUCUCAGUGGCUCAGUAGAAUAAGUUGUUCCAAGCCAAUCGCAAGAUAAGUGCAAGUCAACAAAUGUGAAAUUCAAUUGAAGCUGUAUUGCUCUCUCUCUCCUCACAAUAAAAUUUCAGAAAUCAAAAAUCCACUUUCAUAUUUGUUAAAUUGCCGACAAGAAAGGCCCAAAGAAUUCCAGGUCCAUUGAUAUCGUCCCUCUAUAUUUGGCCAGUGUCAAACUUACUGUGAACAUUUUCAAUGAUGGCUCCAUACCAAUGAAUAUUGCAACUAAUGCAACAAAAUUGGUCCAAUUGACCGGAAAAAAUUAGGAGAAUAUGUAUAAUUUUUUCUUUAAAAUUCUUUUGACGCUCUAUUUUAUCAUCAAAAUAUGUCCCUUAGUAAGACGAGCAAAUGAAUGAUAAGUGAUUCAAGAAAAAAUUCUAUACCAAAAGAGGGUUCCAAUUAUACCUGAAAGUGAAUUAACAUUACUGGUUGGAUCCAAUUCAUUUAUGAAUAAGCUUCAUACAUUUAAUGAUCAACAUAAGGAACUUGGUCAAGAAAAUUAUGAAGUAGAUAAGAUUUUCUGUGGAUGUAGGAGAUAAUUAAUGAAAAUCAUCUGUGCACGGAAAAAAUAAAUUUGCAUCGGAGACACAAGACAGAUAGGUCAAUUUGUGUUGCUUAACUUUUUUGCAUCCCGCAUCUGCUGUUUCAGGGCUGAGAUGCAAACCUAGGUAUGUUGCUGCCCUUAACCAGUCGGUGUGAGGCGCAAAGAAGGUGAGGUAAUGCCAAUUUACUUACCCAUCUUGCGUUUCCCACGCAAACCGUUUUUUUAUGUAAUGGUUGCAACAAUUAUCAUUUUAUUUGUUAAAUGUUAUCUAAUUGCAACGACUGAGAAAAUUAAAAAUCACAAAAUAAAUGCACAAAUUCUGCAUCUGAUCGCAAAAAUUUGCUUUUUAGCUGUAACGCUUUCUCAGCUCAAUAAGUGUGCAAUUAUAUUUAAAUGUGUCACUGGCUCGGUGGAAUAAGGUUUCAUUUUUCCAGUGAAAUUUUCUCAAUCAAGCGGCUUAAAACCAACAAGUUUAAGAUCGGAGCGAAGUCAUCUCUAAUUGAAAGCCUUUUUUGAUACUUAAAUUAAGAUGUACACUGUUCUAGUUCCUGCCUUUCUUGAUUGAGAGCUUAUGAUUCCUUUUUUCUGCAGCCUUUAGCAUCACAGGCCUCAAAAAGUAAGUCCCCAAUUUUUGGACAUCCCAUUUCAUAGACCCAACCGUAUUUGUGUCAGUUUUUUUAGCGACAGUUAUUCAGUUCUGUCUCUCAUGUUCCGUUAUGGUUCUCUUCAAUGUUUCAUCCUUUAUGCUUGUAAUAUUUCUUUUAAGGAUUGGGUAUCAUCAAGAAACAGCGCAUAAAGACCUUUUUUUUUAAUUUUUUAUUCACAAGUUGAAAGAAUCCCUUAAUUUAUCGUAGUUUUUAUCAUCUUUCUCACUUAAGUACACAAUGUUUUAGAUCCGUAAAUAACAAAUUUAGCUUUAGUUUUGUCAAAGAGGCUUAUGAAACAACUGAACAAUAUCCUCAGAUGUCAUUGACUUGACCAUGAGUCGCUACCUCCUGUAUGAUCAGGAAACAUCUUAAAGUUGAAUAUGUACCUUUCUUGCUUUUUAAGAUAUAGUAUGUAAGGUGUUUGGCUUAAUCAUUUUUAUUAAUGAGCAAUUUCUCAUCUGUUUUAAUUGUCAUUCAGUCAAAUAAAGUGUAAAUUUCACCAUCAGUAUUCCUAAUUUUUUUAGUACAUUUACUUGCAACAGAAACCAUGUGCAUAAAUACAUUUAGGUGAGCACCUCUCUGUGUAAGAAGACCAGUAAUUGAUAGAUCAUUGUUUGAGUAGGUACACAAACAAGUUUGUUCCUUUUGAUGAUUAAAUCCAACAAUGGUUUGCAAGAGCAAACAUGUGCUGAUUGACAGAGGUGAUGAAAACUUUGAUUCCUACCAAGCAUAAGAAUUGUCCAAACGAGUUUGGUGAGAGUUACUUCUUGUUUUUACCAAAUUAAAGCUAUGAAAAAUUCUUAUACCGAAAGGAUUUUGAGUUGGAACAGUUGAACUUUUGCCAAAGCACUAUCCAAUUUCAGACAUCAAAUUAGUUGCAAAACUCAAUACAAACACAGUGAGCUCUUUUUGCUCUUGAAAAGUAUAUGAAUUGAGGCACUGGAUGCUAAAAAGGCACCACUCGAUUGCAGUGUUUUAGAAUUUUUGUCGCGAAUUAAUCCCGUAAAGAAGAAUUUAAUGUGUGAUUUUUCCAGAAUUCGUUCCUUAGAAAAUUGUAGAAUCAUAAGGAAUAUUCAGAGAAAUUUUUAGUGAAGUGGAUGCAUCCUGUUUCCUUACAAUGAAUGAAAUAUUAGAAAAGACUGAUACACUGGAAGCGAGAAGUGCGUCUUCCCAUUCAGUGCCUCAAUUGCAUCCACUUUAUUCUGAAUUUAAACAUCUUUCAAAAGUAAGUCGAUUUGCUCCUCUAACAGCGAGACCCUUUGAAGUUGAGGAGAAGAGUUCAAGCCCCCCAAUACCCCAUUUGCUUUAUUUAUACGCUGUUUUGAUUUUUAUAGUUUACUGAACAUUUAAAUAGACUGCUAGAUUAAGUGAAUGUUACUGAGUUUUAUGUUUCCACAAGAAAAUUUUUAUUUUUUUAUUUUUUCCAUUUCUUUGUUUUGUCAAGAGUAAACAAAUUGUGGAGCCUUGUUUAAUUAAGCUUUCUUUGAUUUUUAGUUAGUGAUGGUGAAGUACGGUUCCUGAGGCAAGUAAUAAUAAUAAGCCUUUCUUUUAAUUUAUCUUUUGUAUACCUGAGGGUAUUUUGUUUGAAUGUAAUUGUGCAUUAAAUAUUUUAUGAUCAA